GUCCCUCACGUGACCUGAGGAAUGUUAACAAUGCGGCGAGUGUCCAACUUUGUGCUGCAUUUCUGAUCCCGCUGCAGUCUGCGAUAAAAUGGAGGCUCAUUUUAUCAAAUUUAAGCGUUCACCACGACUCCUUUGAGCUCGUCGGGUUAUCCACGGCCCAUAUACGAACUUUGAGACCAGGCAUCGGACGGAGUUUACCCCAGUUUCUGUGUUAUUCUUGCUUCUUCUAUCACAUGGCGCAGUUUGGCAGCAUCAUGGUCUGGCUCAGCAGUGCACUUGUGACCGGCUCCAUUUCUUGGAAUAAACUGGACCCAGAGCCGUGAACGUCACACUAUGGAGAGAUUGUAGUCGACCUCAGCUUCUUUGAACACAUCAAAAACAGAAACAGAUAAGAGACUCAUCCUGUGCUCAGCGAUCUGCAGUGGCGUUAUUUAUUUCAGAGCUAGUGUCUUCAGUAGCUGCCUAUAGGGUGUGACACUUCACGCAACAUUGCUGGUUUCAUCCUCUGAGGCCAUGAGGCCCAAGACUUUUCCCGCCGCCCCGUACGUGGGCAACACUCGGCAGCGGCUACAGGAGAUCAAGGAGGGCCUGAAGCAGCCGGCCAAACUGGUGAGCCAGGCUCUGCAUGGGGGCAGCUCUCGCUCAGAGGGCAACAGGGCCUCUGACAGUAAGGGCAAUAAAGACACAGGGAACAGGCAGCAGCAGCUCCGUCCACCACAGAAGUUCAACAACUACCAGAAUGCCCUGAGGGAGAUCCGCAAGUCCCUCAUGCCCUUUGCUAAUGAGUCUGGGGCCUCAUCUGGCUCAGGGCAUCCCACUGGGGCCGGGGAGGUGAACAGGCAAAUGCUACAGGAGCUGGUCAACGCUGGCUGUGACCAGGAGAUGGCAAUGCGAGCACUAAAGCAAACAGGAAGUCGAAACAUUGAAGCUGCUUUGGAGUACAUCAGUAAAAUGGGUUAUCUUGACCCUCGCAAUGAACUCAUCGUUCGUGUGAUCAAACAGACUUCCCCAGGAAAAGCUGGCAUGCCAAACUCCAUGGACCACCGACCACUUGAGCCCUCAGGUGAAGCUGCUGCUAUGCCCCCCUACCACCAGAUGGGGGUGCCACUGUACGACAGUGCAGCUGCAUAUGGUCCUGAAGGAGAACUACCAAGAGCUUACAUGGGCCCGGGCCCGGUCAUGAAUUACAUGCUGCCUCCCUCUGGGGCAGGACAGGGAUCUGCCAUGGGAAAUCCAAUGGGCCGCUCCCCAAACAUGGGCACUUAUACACCUGUGAUGGCAGGCCAGAGUAACCCAGCCCCCAACAUAUACCCACCAGGCGCUCCACAGAAGGGCUACCCUGGUGCCAUGGACCCCAUGAUGAGCUACAAUGUUCCUGGCCAGCCGCUGCCCCCUGGAGGCCCAGGCCCACACUUUGACUAUGGCCAUGUUAGACCACACAUGAUGGAACCCACCAGCUACGGGGUCAAAAGGACCCCAUCUUUCCAGAAUAAGAUGGCCUCAGCGCCCAUGGCUCCAGACCAGUAUAUGCAGGGUAAAGGCGCUAUGGGGCAGAGUGUGCCAGGGGGCUCUACAGGAGGGUAUCCUGCCAAUCUAUACUUAUCCCACUCUCACCCUCGACAAGCCAGCCCAACCUCCCACCAAGUCCACAUGAUGUCCCGGUCUCCAGGAGGCGCCAUGGGGCCUGACUUCUCUGAAAUACCCCAAGGUCUGAUGACCCCAUCAAGAGCCAGCCUAAACUUAGACUUGUACGAGCACCACUGGGCUGCACCUCCAGGACCAGAAGGAACCCCCUCGGCCCGGCAGCCUCAGCCUCAGUGUCCUCCCUUCAUGGAGGUCCGUGUCCCGAGCAGAACCAACUCAUUCAAUAAUCGUUCUGCUGGACCUGGCAUCCGGCCCACCAUGAGUGCACAAGACCCUUCCCUUGGACCUCCAAACACCAUCACUGCAGUGACCUCUCCUCCCAUCCAAAAGCCGGUCAGCAGCAUUCGAGUGAUGAGGCCAGAGCCCAAGACUGCUGUGGGACCCUGCCACCCGGGCUGGAUGACCACUCAAGGCCCUGACACUGACACACUGAGCUAUGUCCCAGAGGAGUCUUACAACCUGGAGCCUGCGCAGGAGCCCCGCUGCCCGCCACCUCCUUACCCCAAAAACCUACUCAUGACUGGGACAGCUGCAGAGGCGGUAGAGGGUGCUUUGUGUGGCCCUCCGGACCCUGGGACGAGGAGCUCGCACAGCGGCAGCGGAGGCAGCAUUAAAGAGGAGAGCCAGCAGGUGAAGGAGAAGACCAAGACAACAAAAGGAGAGAAGACGGUGAAAGAUAAGAAACAAAUCCAGACAUCCCCUGUCCCUGUCAGGAAGAAUGGGCGAGACGAGGAGAAGAGGGAAUCGCGCAUCAAAUCCUACUCACCUUUUGCAUUUAAGUUUUACAUGGAGCAGCACAUUGAGAAUGUGAUGAAAACUUAUCAGCAAAAACUCACCCGACGACUGCAGUUGGAGCAGGAGAUGUCCAAGGCUGGCCUAUCAGAAGCAGAGCAGGAGCAGAUGAGGAAAAUGUUAAACCAGAAAGAGUCCAACUACAACCGACUACGACGUGCCAAAAUGGACAAAUCCAUGUUUGUCAAAAUCAAAACUCUGGGCAUAGGGGCCUUUGGUGAAGUUUGUCUAACAAGAAAAGUGGACACGGGUGCGCUGUACGCCAUGAAAACACUGCGCAAGAAAGAUGUCCUCAACCGCAACCAGGUGGCUCAUGUGAAAGCUGAGCGGGACAUCCUAGCGGAGGCAGACAAUGAAUGGGUGGUGCGCCUCUACUACUCCUUUCAGGACCGGGACAGCCUUUAUUUUGUCAUGGACUACAUCCCCGGAGGCGACAUGAUGAGCCUCCUCAUCAGGAUGGGCGUGUUUCCAGAGACUCUGGCUCGCUUCUAUGUGGCCGAGCUGACCCUAGCCAUCGAAAGCGUGCACAAGAUGGGCUUCAUCCACAGAGACAUCAAACCAGACAACAUCCUCAUUGACCUGGACGGACACAUCAAACUUACAGACUUCGGCCUGUGCACGGGCUUUCGCUGGACGCACAACUCCAAAUACUACCAGAAAGGAAGUCAUGUUAGACAGGACAGUAUGGAGCCCAGUGACUUUUGGGAUGAUGUGUCAAACUGUCGCUGUGGUGAUCGGUUGAUGACCCUGGAGCAGAGGGCAAACAGGCAGCACCAGCGCUGUCUCGCUCACUCACUGGUGGGAACACCCAACUAUAUCGCACCUGAAGUGCUUCUGCGUAAAGGGUAUACCCAGCUGUGUGACUGGUGGAGUGUGGGAGUGAUCCUUUUUGAGAUGCUGGUGGGACAGCCGCCUUUCUUGGCCUCUACGCCCACUGAGACUCAGAUUAAGGUUAUUAACUGGGAGAGCACACUACAGGUGCCUGCUCAGGUUAAACUCAGCCCUGAGGCCGUGGACAUCAUUGGUCGUCUCUGCUGUUCUGCUGAGGACCGUCUGGGAGCCAAUGGAGCAGGUGAAAUCAAGAGUCACUCAUUCUUCUCUCAGGUGGAUUUCUCCAGCAACCUACGCCAGCAGCCUGCGCCUUACAGACCAAAGAUUGCCCAUCCCAUGGACACUUCCAACUUUGACCCGGUUGAGGAGGAGGGGGGUCCUGGGGCAUGGAGCGACAGUGGAGACAGUACACGGACGCUGGACCUGCUCUGUUUUCCCCAGGGCAAACACCCAGAACAUGCUUUCUACGAGUUUACCUUCCGCAGGUUCUUUGACGACAAUGGCUGCCCGUUCCGCUACCCCAAACCUCUGGACAAUUAUGUCCUGUCUGGAGCCACCGGGGCGAGCAGCCCAGAGCAGGUGGAAGAGCAGGAGGAAGAGGAGGAUGAAGACGAGGAGGGAGAACAAGGGGAGGGCUGUGAGCCCGUCUAUGUUUAAAGACAAACUGACAAGUGGUGUGUGAAACCCCCUUAUGCGUCUGCUCUGCCUGCACCUGACUGUUCAGAAAUGGCACACUGGUUUAGAAAAAAACAUAAGUAUGAGGUUUAUCAGAAUGAACAUAUGCCAUCAUGUUACUUACACACUUUGUCUGUAUCAGUACGCCAUUCUGAACACAGCUGGAUGUCCAGUUGCAGUAGUGACAAUAUAUUCCAUUGUGGAAUCUAUAUCCAACCUCCUAUCAUCCAGGACCAAGAAACACUUAUUUACGUUUUGUGCCAAGGGUGAAGCAGCCAGCUCAUAGGGUGGCAGUGUCAAAGAAUGUAACGUCUAGAUCUUCUGAGUGAAGUCAGCUCUAAAGGAGUUCCAUUCCUUCCACCUUUAGUCCAGCAGACGACCUAACUGCCCUAAGGGGGCUGUCUGACACAUGAGCUGCUCCUGCUCAGGCUGCUUUACACUCAAAUGUUGGACAUCUCAAUGUGAAGAGAGGAGUCAGUUUACCUUUGUUCACCACAAGAGGGAGUGAGUGCGGGCUGAAUAGGUAACAUGCCAUUUUGAACAGCUGCUGCAAAAUAAGCUACAAAUACACAUGCACACUUAUCUGUUUUUCAAAAUAGCUUCUUCUCAGUUCAAAAUUAUGAAAAAUAUUGUGUGAAAGAGUGUCUUUCAAUGAGUUACAAAUCACACAAAUUUUAUGAAUAGUAUUUUGAGCAAGACAAUGAUGAUCCUCAACAAGACAGAGCAUUUAUGAUAACAUUUGUAUACUAUGAGUUUCACAGCCUAUAUAGCCACUUGAUGGCUCCAGUCCUCCAUAAUAGGGAUGUAAAACUGCCAACUUCAGUGUUAAGUGCCUUUACUGUUGUCUCCCCUAGAGGGUGUUGUUACACAGUCAAACCUGACUACAUUACAUCUGAAGUACUGAAAUAUUGGAAGCACAAUUUAAUGAUGUUCAAAUUAUCCAGAUGCUGAUGCAGAUACAAAAUGUAGCAGUAUGCAUAUGUUAAUUAGAGUGCAUAGCGUUUACAUUAGCUGAAAUGAAAU